UUUCCUAGAUCUUUCCUCCUCUCUCAUCCGUCUCUCUCUCCUCCAUUGAAGCGUACUCGAAAUUCUCCAUUGAAGGGGCUUCUGAGCUUUCUCUCAGCACUUUCCUCAAAAUUACGAAUUCAGUUUUCACUUACACGCUGCGCUAUUCUGUCUCCCAAUUUUCCAUUGAAGCGCACUCCACGUUCUCCAUUGAGGCGCCCUUCUGAGAUUUCUAUCCUCCAUUGAAGCAACUUCUGAGGAUGGCUGUUGCUAUGCUUGUCAAGAGACAUGCUGAUGGAUUGCUACCUAUUGAUGACUACAACAUUGAGCUUGAGGAUCAAAGAGGGCAGAAUCUUAAUAUGGGUUCUGACAGAUCAAAGGGAAAUAAUGAUGGGUCUUUGCUGCAUACAAAGGGAAGCAGCUAAUGAGAGCACGGUAAUACAAAGAGGCAUUAGAGGCGCUUGAAAUGGGAGAGAAAGCCUUUUCUCUCUGUGACUCGAAACUCAUAGAGUGUAAUGACAUUCUUCCAAUCCUUCAAAUUGACAUGGUGUGGACGUGUGGUGCUAUUUUAUGCUUCGGGACAUCAACUUGCUCACGUUGGCUGGUCAUGGAGGUGCUUAUGUCACUGCAAGGAUCCCAAAUGGAAGCUGAUGAUCCUACAACAAGUUACAUACUACAGAACACACCAACAAAAACCUCUUUCUUUCUCUUAAUUUCAAAAGAAAAAAUGGAUGAAUAUAUGUGGAAUUAUCAUGUGCCAGCAUUUGGAGGGUGGGAUUAUGAAGAAAAUGAUCUGCCUUAUACGCAGUGUAUACUAUUUUGUGAUGAGAUGUGAUUGGUACGUUUUGUUGAUAGGUCGAUCUGGCCACUUAGAAGCAGCCUAUGAUGUUCAUAAGUCAUUACCAAUUGAGGCCCAUGCUGAAUGUUGGGGAGCACUUCUUGGGGCAUGUAGAUUGCAUUGUGAUACUGAGCUGGCCGAGGUAGUAGCCAAUCGACUAGUUGAACUUGAGCCUCAUAAUGCAGGAAAUUUUGUUUUGUUAUCCAAUGUCUAUGCAGCAGCAGAUCGUUUGGGGUAUUUUUUUGGCACCGGUUUUGAAAUAGAACCGGUGCUAAAAGUUUCUUUUUUAAUCUUUUUGGGCCACUUUUCGCACCGGUUCACAGCAAGAAUCGGUGCUAAAAGUUUUUUUUAAUAUUUUUGGGGACUUUUUCACACCGGUUCACAUCAAGAACCGGUGCGAAAAAUAAGUUUUUGCACCGAUUUUGAACCGGUGCGAAAAGUCUUGGGA